AUGCCACAAGUGGAUGGUGCUACAAUACCAAUAACAAAUAAUCAGAACAGUGCAGCUGUGCAUAAUCUUAAUAUAAGUAGUUCAACUGAAUCAGCCUUAAACAAUAACAAUAUGAAUACUGCGAGGAAUAACAAUAAUCAGAACCCAUUAGUUAAUGUAAGGGAUAGAUUGUUUCAUGCAAUAUUUAUUAAGGCUGCAUUAACUUAUGCAAGAACAUUUCCAAGGCCUUUGAGAAGAUUUCUAGAAUUUGUAGUCCUACUGAAGGCUAUAGCAGCAUUUUUUGUGUUGGCUUAUAUUCAUAUAGUUUUUUCACGAACACCAACUAAUUGUUUAGAACAUAUAAGAGAUGAUUGGCCACGUGAUGGUAUAUUAAGAGUUGAGAUACUUAGAAACGGGGGAGAAGAUUACAAUAUAGAAAAGAGUUAUGCAAAAGAAGAAAAAUUACGACAAGAAAAAGUUGAUGAUUUAACUAGUGCUUUAGGAAUAUUAACUAGAGAUGGAUUUAUCAACAUUGAACCAUCUGCUGUUGAUGAAGAACGUGAUAUCACUAAUGCGUCGAAUGAAGAAAAUCAUGACAGCUUAACAUUAUCAGAGAAAGAAAUAGUUAGAAGUGCUACCAUUUCUGGAGAUAGACAAGAUCCAAAUUUAAGCAUUACUAAUACUACAACAAGUCCAUCCUUAUCUACUAAGUUCUGGAAUGAAAUGAAUAUAGAUAAUAAAGAAGUAUCAAAUGAAAAGAUAUUAACAAAUGCAGGGAAUAAUACCGUAGUGCAGGAUACAAAUAAAUCUAAUAAAGAAGACGUUAUUCAACCUUUAAAGGAUCCAAAUUCUGAAGUUAGGCCAGGUGAUGGUUAUAUCGUAGAAUAUUCGUUAGAAUAUGGUUUCCUGAGACUAUCACCUGUAGCACGGCAAAGAUUAAACAUUCCUGUAAAAAUCGUUACUUUGGAUCCUGUUAACGAUAAAUGCUUUGGCGAUGACUUCUCAAGAUUAAUACUUGAUGAACUCUUAGGAUACGACGAUCUAUUGAUGGCAAGUAUCAAGACACUGGCGGAGCAUGAAGAUAAUCAAGGGUUUCUACGCCGUUUCUCUCGCACGCUUCCCCGAAAUGAUGGGAGCAUUGUCUAUUUCCGAGUUGUUGUUCAUCUCUCUGGUGGUCAUCGGCAUGGCCAAGUUGAUCUCACUGGUGUAUCUACAGUUGACAUAUUGGAAGAAGAACAAAGUUCCAUACGUGCGGGCAGGGCCGAUAUUCGGAACCGCUUGGAAAGUGUUCUUUCGUCGCAUCAGCUUCCCGGACUAUUGCAAAUUCAUUUAUAAUUAUUAUCCGAAUGUACGAUACGUCGGUGUGAUGGAUUUAGCCACGCCGACGGUGAUCGUGCGGGACCCGAGGCUGAUCAGCGAGAUGUUCGUAAAGAAUUUCCAACAUUUCCCGAAUCAUCGAAGCUUCGUGUCCGAGGAGAUGGACCCGAUCUUUGGGAGGAAUGUAUUUUCCCUGAAGGACGAUCGAUGGAGGGAGAUGAGGAACAGGUUGAGCCCAUUCUUCACCGGCAAUAAGAUGAGAUUCAUGUUCGAGUUGGUGUCCAAGUGCUCGGACAACUUCGUCGAUUACCUGUACGAACACUCGGGAUUUCAUUCCGCGGUCGAGUUGAAAGACAUCUUCACCAGAUACGGUAACGACGUAAUCGCAACGGCAGCUUUCGGUAUAGACGUGAACUCGCUGAAGGAUCCAGACAACGAGUUCUACAAGAGAGGGAUCGAAGUCUCCUCGUUCGGUGGUACUCUUCGUUUCAUAAAAUUCCUGCUGUUCCGAUUGAGCCCGCGUCUAACGAGAGCGGCCGGACUGACGUUCCUGUCGCGAGCGACGGCCAGAUUUUUCUGGGACGUGAUCUGCGAAACGGUGACCACAAGGGAGAGACGAGGCAUCGUUAGACCAGACAUGAUAUAUCUUCUGAUGCAGGCGAAAGACUCGAAGGAACCUGGCUCGUCCCGCAUGACUAUCGACGACAUCGUCGCUCAGGCGUUCAUUUUCUUCUUGGCCGGUUUCGACACUGUUUCCACCUUGAUGUCUUACGUCGUUUACGAGUUGGCCUUGCAGCAAGACGUACAACAGAAGCUACGCGAAGAGAUAGACGGUUACUUGAAACAGGGAAACGGGAACAUUUCUUACGAGGCUAUGUCGAACAUGGAGUACAUCGAAAUGGUAAUAUCCGAGACUCUCAGAAUGCAUCCUCCAACGUUGAUAAUCGACAGAGUUUGCGCAAAGAAGUUCCAAUUGCCUCCAGCGGCGCCCGGCUAUCAAACUGCGACAGUCUAUCCCAAUAAUAACGUUUGGAUCCCUGUUCUUGCGAUUCAUCGCGAUCCUAAGUAUUUCCCUGAUCCGGAGAGGUUCGAUCCCGAACGAUUCAGUAACGAUAAUAAGAACAACAUCGAUCCGUAUGCGUAUCUACCGUUUGGAGUUGGCCCUAGAAAAUGUAUUGGCAAUCGUUUCGCGUUGAUGGAAACGAAACUUUUGAUCAUCCGUCUGCUGGCAAAAUUUGUCGUGAAACCCAACGAAAGAACAAAGGUUCCCAUCGUGUACAAAAAAGUUGAUUUUACGCUCGCGUCGAAAGACGGAUUUUGCGUCACUCUGGAAAAGAGAAAGUCAGAUUCACUUGGUACAAUUACUGGGGGAAAAAGGCACGUUCCUCGGGGAAUUCGUGUUCACUCGUCGCGUGUCUCUUCCCGAUUAUUGCACGUUCGUUUACAAUUAUUACCCGAACGCCAGGCACGUCGGUAUGAUGGAUUUCUCUCUGUGCCAGUUGUGGUAAUUCGGCAUCCGGAGAUGAUUCGAGCGAAGAAUUUCGAGCAUUUCCCCAACGGAAGAAAAUAG